GGCGCGGGGCCGCGCCUCCUCGCGCGUCUGCGGGCGCGCGCACCUGGGCGAGGCCGGGCUCACCUGUGCGCGGGCUCCUCUGCGCCGGUGGCCUGCCCUGCGGGUCCCCACCAAGGCUCACAGUCCCUAGCGUCCUCGCUGCCGUCGCCGCGGCUCGGCCCCUCUCCGGGAUCCCGGUGGCGACGCCUGUCGGAGCGGCGCGCCUCCAGGGCCGUGUCCGCCCCAUCCCCGCCGCUCGAUCCCGCAUAGCCCCGCUUCCCCGCGUGUGCGGACAGCGAGUGGCAGGGUUGGGAGUGCCCUGGCCAAGGUCACACGGGUGGGACCUGUGAGGCUCCUGAACUCUGGGCUCGGGAUUUGGAGGAAGGCAGCCCUGCUCGUCUCGUGGUUCCUUUCGGAUGCUUUCUAUUGACCCUCCCGGGAGAGCGUCCGAGGAGAAAGUGGUGUCAGGUUGAAAGCGCCCUGCUGUUCGUGGUGCUCGGCCUUGGGUAGAAUCCUCGUUCUGCCAGACACCCAAGCUGAGCCUUGACCGAGGGCCGAGUAAAUUCAGAAACUGAUGUUGUCUGGGUCCAAGUCCCGAGGACAGGUUUAAGGAACAGAUACUCAGUCCCCCAGAGGCUUCACCAUUAAAGCAACCAGUAUCAGAUCAUUAUCAGACAAUACUUGUCAGGAAAGGAUGGAGCCCCGAGCAUACGUCCUGCCUGUGAUGGCAUGUUGAAGGCCCAGUCUUGUGAAGUGUAAUGUUCAAGCCCAGAAAUGCCUUAUGUGGAUCGACAGAAUCGCAUCUGUGGUUUUCUAGACAUUGAGGAAAAUGAGAACAGCGGGAAAUUUCUUCGACGGUAUUUCAUCCUGGAUACCAGAGAGGACAGCUUUGUAUGGUACAUGGAUAAUCCACAGAACCUGCCUUCAGGAUCAUCACGGGUUGGAGCCAUUAAACUUACCUACAUUUCAAAGGUUAGCGAUGCGACUAAGUUAAGGCCAAAGGCAGAGUUUUGUUUUGUUAUGAAUGCAGGAAUGAGAAAAUACUUUCUACAAGCUAAUGAUCAGCAGGACUUAGUGGAGUGGGUAAAUGUCUUGAACAAAGCUAUAAAAAUUACAGUACCAAAGCAGUCAGACUCACAGCCGGCCUCUGAUAACCUGAGUCGCCAAGGUGACUGUGGCAAGAAGCAAGUGUCUUACAGAACUGAUAUUGUUGGUGGUGUACCCAUCAUCACUCCAACACAGGUGACAAGUCAGCGCUUCUGUUACGUGGAGAAAGAAGAAGUAAACGAAUGUGGUGAGAGUGUCGACAGAAACAAUUUGAAACGGUCACAAAGCCAUCUUCCUUACUUUGCUCCUAAGCCACCUGCAGACAGUGCAGUCAUCAAAGCUGGGUAUUGUGUGAAACAAGGAGCGGUGAUGAAAAACUGGAAGAGAAGGUAUUUUCAGCUGGAUGAAAACACAAUAGGCUACUUCAAGUCUGAACUGGAAAAGGAGCCUCUGCGGGUAAUACCACUUAAAGAAGUUCACAAAGUCCAAGAGUGCAAGCAAAGUGACAUUAUGAUGAGGGACAACCUGUUUGAAAUCGUGACAACGUCUCGGACUUUCUAUGUGCAGGCUGAUAGCCCUGAGGAGAUGCACAGUUGGAUUAAAGCAGUCUCUGGAGCUAUUGUAGCACAGCGGGGACCGGGCAGAUCAUCAUCAUCUUCUGUUAACUCUAAUCUUAGCUUUGCACUGUGUUCCAGAUGCGGCAGGCCAGAAGGCUGUCGAACCCUUGUAUACAGAGGUAUACGUCAAGAGCUGGCGAAUGCAGCACGAGCAUUCCAGCUGUCCUUCAGAAUCCAAAUACACUGUCCGUCUUGCCGGGGCAGCAGCCGCCGCCACCUCACAUUCCGCAGCCUCUCGCAGCCACUCUCUGGUCUCAAGCUAUACCAUGGAGAAGCGAGGAUUUUACGAAUCUCUUGCCAAGGUCAAGCCAGGGAACUUCAAGGUCCAGACUGUCUCUCCAAGAGAACCAGCUUCCAAAGUGACUGAACAUGCUCUGCCCAGACCUCAGAGUAAAAACGGCCCUCAGGGAGAAGAUGGUGAGCCAGUGGACUUAGAUGACGCCAGCCUGCCAGUCAGCGAUGUGUGAGGGGGGAGCACGUGGGCUGCCUGCGCCACUCACCCUCAGUGUCCUUCCAUGAGGCUUCUCGCCAAAGAUGAUAGAGGGUGAAUGAUCUCAGUGCAUAUGUUAGACUGCCUCGUGGGUGUGCUCUGUAAGCUGGCAAACUAGGAGGCAGGGAGUGGCUGAGGCAACAUAAUUUCUUUAAGAAAGGAAGGAGAAAAGCUGUGUCCAUAUUGACUGUCUGAAGCUUUACAUGUUUGGGUGGCAAAAAUGUGUGUGUGAUCUUUUUUUUCUCUUAGUGACUUUGAAAUUUUAAAUAACAACUUAAAACAUUAAAAUUUCUUAUUUUGGCCAUUUAAACAUGCUAAUAUGACUCCCUAUGAAAUAUUCAAUAUUUAUACAUUCUUAUCAGCUAACAUUAUCAAGUGGGACAUUCCCAGACAAAAAUUUCUCAACUCAUGAUGUCUGUGGUGCUGCAGAAUUUAUAUCACAACGUGGACCAUUUAGAAAUUCUAACCGUUUAUGAUAUUCUGGCUGUCCAGGUGAGUGGAAAAUUUCGCAUAGAAGAUUGGAUUACACUAUUGGUGCAGGUGGGAGUUGAACAGGGCUAGAAGAAGGGGAGAUUGGAGGUCAGCUAUAGCUAAUGUUUUUUUUUUUUUUCUUUUGUGGGGAGGGUACUUUUUUAUUUUUAUUUUGGUGACUGGAUUUUUCUGUGUAGCCAUGGCUGUCCUGGAACUCAUUCUGUAGACCAGACUGCCCUUGAACUUGUGGUGAUCCUUCUGCUGCCUCUGUUGUCUCCCAAAUUAUAGGAUUGUGUCACCAACUUGCAACCUAAGACACUUGUUUUAAAAAGCUUAGUAUUUUAUUUUAGUAAAAAUUGUUUGGUCAUAAAUUUUGAAAAGAUCUGAUUUUUUUUUUUUAAUCAAAGUUUUGUAAAUAGAUCUUAUUUCUGAAUUUGGACCAGUGAAAGACCUCAGUUCACAUGCUAAGUCAAAAUGGCCCUUAGUCAUGAACUUGUUGUGGCUCUCCCUUUUCAUCAUUAGUAACCUACCCUCAAGUGCCUGUGUCUUCUCAUCUCACUUAGGAUUGUGCCCCAGAGUCCUACAUGAUUGGCUUUAAAUGUCCAAAUAAAUGAAUUUCAGUAGCGUAGUUUGAUAUUUUAAAUAAGAUAGCAUUUUAUAUCAGAGACACCAGAAUGUUGGUGUUCAUCUGCCUGUGCAAUAUGUAUGUCUUGAAAACCAGAAUUGAGUAUGCAGUAAGCGUGGGGCUCUCAUACAUAGAAGCACCUCUCUGGAGGACCAAGUGUCUGCUGUCAAGUGCUGGCGGGUUUGAGCAAGCACUGUUUUGUGGCAACAUUGUCAGUGUUUGCCUGCCCCAGGCUGCUGCUCCAUGGCAUCUCCAGUCUUGGACUUGUGUCUUGGAGUUGUGGGUGUUAGUGUUUCGCCUUUUUAUGUUAUAAGACUACUUGUCGGAGGAUGAAAGAUUUGCUACAGUGGUCUAGGGUUAAGAUGUGCUAUUUAGUUGCCCAGCACAAGAACGUACCACUCACCUUUUCUACUCAUAAGCUAAUGUGUUAGAGUUCUAUGUCGUUUUCUCUUGUGCACCUGCAUUAGAAAACCAUAGGACAGCAAGGUCGUUAAGUAGCUAUCACCUCUGCUGCCGUAUUCAUGUCCAGGCUCUCAGAAGUCCUUCAUGAACACACCUAGGGACCCUUGUACAGAGUCUUGGCAGUAUGGAUGAGCCUGGCACGGUUUUCUUUGGUACAGCCUCCACAGUGCACGUUCAUUUUAUCAUAUUUUGGUAUUGGUAAUUUGAUAACAUUUCAUGGUGGUAAAAUAUUAGCUCUAUUUUGGGACUUUUUAUAGAACUACAUUUAUUCGAAAGCAUAGGAAUAUGUUCUUGUGAUUAUCAGGAUCUCCUAAUAUUUAUCUCAAUUCUUUUGUAAGCUUAUGGAAAUUAUUUAAUUAUUUUAAAGCAUAUUUUACUGUAAAUAUGUCAUAUCUGAAGUGUCAGUAGUUACUUUGAAUACCGUACUAUUUGCUGUAUUUUUUCCUGUGUGUAUACUGUAUCCUUCCAGAACAGGAGUGUACCUCCUAAUGUUCACUGUCACACUGCUCUAUGUGUGUCCGGUUGGUUGAACACUGUACUGACUUGAGAAUAAACUGCUCGCAAUCCAUUGUCA